UUGCAGGACGAGAGCAUGCCUCGGGGCGGACGUGGAGGCGCUGUCGCGGUCCCUCCAUCGGACAUUGGAGGGGAUUCUUCCACUUUCUCGCAGCUCUCGGAUUCUGAGUCCGGAGUGUUGCCUCAAACGGGCAGUUCUGCAUCACAGCAGCUUCUUGGGCAUUGGCAAAAUUCCAGUCAAGAUGGGAACAUCAGCGAGAAUAUCCAGCAAAAAGAAGAACCAGGCUCACAGUCAGAGCAUCCUUCAUCACAAACAGAAUCUACACAACAAUUAUCUAGUGCCGAAGGUCAGGAUCAGCAAGGCAGUAACCAAACCAAACAUGAUCAGCCACAAUUGCAGCUGGACCAUUCUCACUCUGAUCAGCAGUUACAGACAGAAACAAGUGCAGCUCAACCUGUUGACAAAGAUCAGAUAAAUAGUUCUGGUCAAACUUCUUUCCAGAUCCAAAAACAGGAGAGCAGCACUCAGUAUUCUGAUAGCCAGCAGCAAACUAUUGAUCAGCCAUUGAAUGCUGAACAACAAACUGCAGCUGCUAACCUUCCGUUCCCAAAACAGGAAAGCAGCACACAGCAUUCUGAGAGUCAGCAGCAAAAUAUUCAACAGCAAUUGAAUGUUGAAGAACAAAUUGCAUCUGGUAGUGAAGCAAAGCGGAUGAAAAGUUCGCCUAGCAUACCAUUCCAGCUAUUGAUUCCAAUCGUACGCCCACAUCUUGAUAAAGAUAGAGCUAUGCAGCUCCAGUCUGUAUUCACUAAACUCAGGUCUAAUGAGGUCAGCAAAGAGGACUUUUUAAGAGUAAUCAGGAAUAUCGUUGGGGAUCAGAUGCUCAGACAAGCAGUUAAUAAAGUUCAUAUGCAGCUUCAGGCUCAAGCAGCUAAAAAUCAGCAGACAAGUCCAAACCAAUAUUCCUUACAAAAUCAAGCUUCUCAGCAGCAACUUUUAUCUCGAGGAGCUCAACAGUUUCAUGAUUCUCGAGCAUUUUCAUUGCUUCCCCGCCAACCUGUCUCAGCUUCGACAGUACAGAUGCAGAUGGAUACGAAAUUUCCUCCCAUUGAGAACAGUAGUCAGAAAUCCCGAGAAACAGAACAUAACUCUGAUGGAAGAGGAAUGAAUGCUUCCCAAAUGCAUUCCACCAGCAAGAUUGUUAGCAAUCCAGAGAGGGAAGCUUCUAUAGACUCAAUACAAGGAAUUAACAAGCAGCAACAACAGUUGCUACAACCGCAAACAUCAUUUCCUAUGUAUGCUGGAAGCUCGAGUAGUUUUCAUUCUCAUCCAUAUGCUAGGCCACCUAUUAGUGCUGCAACUACUGCUCUUAGAUCACAACAUCAGGAUUCACAAAUGAGGCCAUCUCCACAUACACAAGGCAUGGCUCCAAAAAAGUCUGGGCCAGUUCAGCCUGGUAAUGCAUUAAAUGUACCCAAAUACGAACUACAAAAUAUUGGUAAUGAUGCCAAAAGACUUCAUGGAGGGCCUUUGACAAGCCAUUCAUCACAACAGCUCCCAGUUUCAUGGCAACCAAUGGCAAGCAAAGAGCAAAGGAGUACUUCUAUCCCAUCAAUGUCUCAUGUAAAACAAGAAGUAGUUGAUCAGGCUAAUGAGCCUUCAAACAAGUCUCAGUUAACUACUCCACAUGGCUCUUCAUUUGGCUCUGGAAAUGUUGGCCAAGGAAAUCCAACUCUCGGUGCUUUGAAUAGUAUAGGAAGUCUGACAACCUUGGCAGAUUCAAAUGCACAGAUUUCGUCUCCUCUUCUUGCUGGAACUACAACAAAAACACAACUGAAGAAACCUUCUGUUGGGCAGAAGAAGCCUCUUGAAGCUGCAAGUAAUUCCUCUGCUACAGCAAGCAAAAAGCAGAAGACAUCUGGCACAUUUCAUGACCAAAGCAUUGAGCAUUUAAAUGAUGUUACAGCUGUUAGCGGAGUCAAUUUGAGGGAAGAGGAGGAGCAGCUACUUGCUGCCCCUAAGGAGGAUAGCCGAGCUUCAGAAGCAACUAGGAGAGUUGUCCAAGAAGAAGAAGAAAGGUUGAUUCUCCAGAAAGGCCCUCUUCAGAAAAAGCUAGCGGAUAUCAUGUACAAAACUGGUUUGAAAAGAAUCAGCAAUGACGUGGAGCGAUGUUUAUCAUUGUGUGUAGAGGAACGUCUGCGAGGAGUUAUCAAUUCUUUGAUAAGAUUGUCAAAACAGAGGGUUGAUAUUGAGAAGACGAGGCACCGUUUUGUCAUCACUUCAGAUGUUCGUCGCCAUAUUUUGGAGGUAAAUAGGAGGGCUAAGGAAGAAUGGGACAAAAAGCAGGCUGAAGAAGCAGAAAAGAACAGAAAAGUCAAUGAAUCUGAUGGCAAUGGGUCAGAUGUAGACAAGGACAAGGAUGAUGGCCGAUCAAAGGCCAACAAGGCCAACAAGGAAGAGGAUGACAAGAUGAGAACAACAGCAGCAAAUGUUGCAGCCCGAGCUGCUGUUGGGGGAGAUGAUGUGCUCUCAAAGUGGCAGCUCAUGGCUGAACAAGCUCGUCAGAAGCGUGAAGGCCUGGAUGCUCCUUCUCCUUCACAAACAGGUAAAGCAACAAGCAGCAAGCCUUCAUCAGGCUUAAAAAGAAGUAUGAAGGAGCAGCAAGAAACUCAAAGGAGAGGUUCCUCUUCCUCUUCAAUUUCUGGGGGCAGUAGACGAUUUGGGAGGAGCCCAGCAGCCAUAUCGCAGUCCAAAGUUGCACGAAAUAUUUCUCGAAAGGAUAUAAUCGCUGUUUUGGAGAGGGAGCCUCAAAUGUCGAAGUCUACUCUAAUCUAUCGCUUGUAUGAGAAAUUAUCUGGUGACUCCGCUGUGGAAUAAUUGUGUCAUAUAUGAAAUGAAAAUGGUUUGUUGCAGCUCUGCUGUAUGUAUCUUAUGUUGUACAUAUUCAUGGAUGUUGUAAUCACUGAAAUAGUUGUGCAAGAUCAACCACUCCCAGUAUUAUCUAAUGUUCCAAACCUUACUUUUAUCCAAUUUGAUGACGUAAUAAUAGGGUUUCGGUGGAAGAUUUAUGACUUGA